AGUUUGCUGUAGGCACCAUAAUUAAAAUUUUAAUGAACUACUUUUAUCUAAUCACUUAAUGAUCAGUUCAAAGAAAUUGUAUAAACCGCAUAAAAACAAUAAUUGCAUUACGUUCAUUAAAGUUUAUUUACUGCACAAUUAUCCUUCUGCGAAUCUUAAUUGGGGCCAUAAAACAACAAAACCUGUGUUAUCAAAAAAAAAAAUUAACCAAUAAAAAAACCUAUUGAAGUGGUGCUUAACUGUUAUAAAACCAAUUAUAAUAAAAUGGUAUUUUAUCACACAGGAUAUUGGAUAACCCCAUAUCAAAAUAAACUUGUUAGCAUUUCUCUCACUACUAUUGAAUUCAUUCAUAAGAUCAACCGUCAAGUAUUCUUUUAUUUACUGUUUUGGGAAUGCAUUUUUGGCUUAAAACUGACUUGGUUUAAUUAACCUGAAGAUCAGAAGCAUGAUUUUGACAUAGCAUGCUUCUCAGUAUUAUCAUUCCACACUUUGUUGCUACCAGCAAUGGAGCCCUCACAACAAGCAAAAUGUUGUUGUGAGAAACAAGACACUUCACAAGAGAGUGACAGCAGUAAUUCAGAAUCUCUCCAGAAUCCCAAGGAAAAACCCAGCAGGAUUAGUUUGUUUAAUUUAAGGAGAACUAGAGCCUUCCAUUUUAAUUCGAAAAGGAGUAAAAAGACUCAGGGACCAUCUUGUUCCAAUGGUCUUUCUUUUAAUCCAGCAAAGAAAUCCCCCAAAUGGAGCAUAAAGUUCAACUGCACUGGUAGAAAAGAGUCUAAAAGCAGUUCACCCAUAAGGGAAACAGAGAGGUGCUGUAAAUGUACAUCUUUUAAAAGUCUUGAAGAAACUGCUGGCUCAAUGAGUAAAAACGAGGAAAGGACCGAUGAUAUGGUCCAGAGUACAAGCCAACAUCCACCUUCUGAGGCACCAGUACUUGAAGAGGGUGACAGUUUAAAUGCCUCCUCACUUGAAAACAGCCCAGAAACUCCUCAAGAACCUCCACAAAGACCCACUAUAGAAAUCCCUAGAGUUCAAAUAGAGCAAGCAGAAGGUGUGAGGGGUAUUUAUAGUACCGCAAUGGGUGGAAACGGUACUCCGUCAGGCGUUGUUAUAUCUGCCCCUUUUACUGACAGUCCUUGGAUGCGAAUGAUCCGUGAGGAUUGUGAGGAGGCGGAGUGGAUAGCGCGUGCGAGAGAGAUAGAGCAGGGGGUGGAGGCUCCCGCAAAUUUCAGGUCGGUGCGUAGAGUGCAAUUGCUCUGUGCGGAGUCGGAUUCAGAUAAUAGUCUUAGUCAGGGCCCACCUAGGAGGUUACAGCUGGUUUGCCCUCCCGAUUUGAAUGUGGAAACCCUAAGAGCUCUAUUCCAGAAUCACGUUCAAUUGAGAUCGUGUCCCCUUGACUCGAUCGCGGGCUGUCAUACUCAGGUGGAUUUUAUUCAUUGUUUGGUACCUGACUUGAUGGAUAUUACGAAUUGUAGUUUUUACUGGGGUAAAAUGGACAGAUACGAAGCAGAACGUCUCCUAGACGGCAAACCAGAAGGUACGUUUCUCCUCCGCGAUUCCGCCCAAGAAGAAUUCCUCUUCAGCGUUUCAUUCCGCAAAUAUGGACGUUCCCUCCACGCCCGGAUCGAACAAUGGAACCACCGAUUCAGCUUCGAUUCUCACGAUCCGGGCGUAUUCACGUCCGAAACCGUUUGCGGCUUAAUCGAACACUACAAAGACCCGAGCAGUUGCAUGUUCUUCGAGCCGAUGCUCACGUGGCCUUUACAUCGAAACUUUACCUUUUCGUUACAACAUUUGGCCCGUGCCGCUAUCGUUAAUAAAUUAACGUACGAUAACAUCAAUCACUUACAGUUACCGAAAACAUUAAAGAAUUACUUGAAAGAGUACCAUUAUAGGCAGAAGGUGAGGGUGGAGAGGUUCGAUGAUGACGUGCAAUGGUUGGAAGUGAGGAACAUACCGCCUUGAGUUGUUUUAGGCGGUCUGGGGUUUAGUUAGAAACGGUGAGGAUUUUAGAUUAUCUGUAUUUUAAGCGUUUGGUGGCUCUAGGGAUAUGUUUUUUUCAGUUUUAAUUAAUACAAACGAUUUGGCGUUUGAAGUUUUAAAAUAUCCAUGCAAGCUUUGAUUUUUUCGCGAAAUUUUAUUUUCUGGUUUACAAUCGUACAAAAAAUGUAUAGGAUAAAAAUGAAGAUAAUUAAAUUCUCUAUAAUUUUUCUUCUGGAAGCGAAGCUGGGCAAUCAACGAGGACAAAGUUACAUACAAAAUUACUGAGAAAUAACUGAAUUAUUUUGGUAACUUUGGCACCCUUUAACUUUGUUCCCAUUGAUUAUAAAGCUUCACUACGACUUAUGGUUUAUUCAUUUUUUUAACGUAAUCCCAGUUAAAAUGAAGUUGAUGGUAAUCUUAACAAAAUAUUACUAUAAUUUGAAUAAAAAGUCUGAAAUUCGGUUUGUGUAAUUGACGCCUUAAAUAAACGGCAGGCAGUGUUAAUUUGCCACAAAAUGUAUUUGUUUAAACAAUUUAAAGUGGUUACUCAGAGAAACCAUAAUGCCCCAAGAUUUCAAUAUAAUUCCACAAAAUUAACUCAAUAAAAGGCAGAGAAUCUAUUAUAGAUAAUGUGCAAUUACAACUAAUAUUUAUGAUUAAACAUAAAUCAUUAAGAAUGAUAAACCAAAAAGUAGUUUCUUGUAGAUCAAAUGCACAAACUCACUAUGCAUUGCGCAUGUAACCAUCUUGUGCGAUGGGGCUCCUUUGCAGAACUACACGAAUCACAGCUUCUUGAAGUGCCGUGGAGUGGCAAAUCUUUGGAUUGAUCUUGUGUUACUUCUGUAGAAAUGUUUGAUUUAAAUCUUAUAACUGGUGGAGAAAAUGAAGUUCUAGCUCAAGGAACUCCUCUACCUACAGAAGCUCCAAUCAUAGCCGUAAUUACUUGGCAUCUAACAUUUUUCAGCGUUGUUUUGCUUUUGGUUUUGUUUCUGAAUAUAAUGAAAGCAUUGAUCAUGGUCGUAUCUAAAAAAAUCCAAAACAACCGAUGUUAACAUUUUCGUCCUUUACUGUCUCUUUGAUAAUCAACGUAUCAGCCCAUGAAUUUCCGAUAAUCUGCAAUAGUUUUAUACAACAACUAUACAGUUCUUUUCUCUUUCCAUCUGAUAUAGAGAAUUUCAUUACUUUUUCGCCAACCAAUCUCAUUCAUCCCGAUUUAGUUGCGCUUUUGUGGUAUUAAAUUUCUUGGUAGCUUUUGCCUACUCGCCCUUAAGAGUUCCACCCGAAUAAAUUUGUGUCAAUGAUAAAGAUUUAUAUCUAGAGUUGUAAAAAAAUUAUUGAAGUAUACAUGAUAUACUUUAUUUUCUAGGCCUUAAGUUAUAUCAAGCACUACUCACUCUCUCACCCAAAGAAACAUCACUAUUUCUGGUUUGCCUGUAUAUAUUUGAAAAUCAAAUAUACCGUACUGGCAAAUUAAUAUUACAGAGAGGAGGUUAAUACAUUAGAAAAGGAAAUAACUAAGUAGACUGCUGAGGUAUGACAAAGAAAAGACUGUAUCCCCACCAGAUAUCAUUCCGACGCCACAUCUUUAGCGCGAGAUAGGCCCCUUAAAAGCUAUAGUUUGUGAAAGAUAAAUUGGUCUAUUCAUUACAUUUUGAAAGGAAUAAAAGCGUAGCUAAUAAAUGGCUAAAUCUUUAUUUAGCUUUAAACUUCUUUCUUAACCCGUUUCUCAUGAAUUUAAAUUUUUUAAAAGAAAAAUUUCAUUUUUUGUAAAUCAACUCUUUAAUUUUUUUGGAAAUUUUUAACGUAAACAGUUUUUUUAUUUUUUUGUUUGUUUUUAGUUUUUUUUUUAGUAGUCAAUGGUAUAAAAGAUAAAUUAGAACAAAAAAUACUUUGUAUGAUAUAUUGCAAAACAGUUGCUUUUUUUUGUAAGGCACAGGUGAACGUUACAUUUUUGGCAUAAAAUUCUUGACCGUCCUUUACAGCCUGGUACUUUACACCUAGAUCCAAAGUCUUUUUCAUCAAUGGAUGGCAAAUGAUCUAGUCUGUUCAAACGAACUUCGGCCACUGGUCUAAUUUCUGGUCUUACUUUUAACGGUUUCGGCGUUGAAGGACCCGGACUAUCAGCCGCUGGUGGCCUCCUCUUCCUAGUAGAUGUUUUUCCUGCCAAGAUUAAAACCUCAGCAACAUAGGCUCUAAAGUAAAGCAAAUCUAGGACAUCAUUCUUAGCCACACCCAAGUUAGCAGCUUUUUCUUUAUAUUCCAACCAGCCGUUUACGCAUGCCAUAUCUAUGGCAUGAGCAAACAUUCUCAGAGUCCACUUUUUAGACCUAAUAAAUGUCCGAUACAAGGUAAUAAGGAAAUCCAUCUUGUCAACACCCCCCAUGUUAUAGUUGUAGUUAUUUAUUACUUGUGGUCUUGAAACCUAAAUAUAGUCCUUCCCUUUUUUAUCCCAUCGCCGGCACUGGUCUUUAUCACCAACUCCCAUAUAAUUUGAUGCCAUUACAACUGGCCGGUUGUCGUACCAUUUUGUCAUUAUGACUUCGCCAUCCCCGCUAAUAAUUUCUUCGGAACAACCUCGACCUUUUAUUUUCAUAUCCUUAUCGGACGAAAAUGGCGGAUUUUUAAAUCUUUCAGCUCUUGCUGUGCACGUUGUAUAUAUUUGCUUAUUUCUAAGGUACUGAAGUAAGUUAUAAUUUGAAAAAUAGUUGUCAAAAUAUAACUGUAUCCUAGGGUGUGAGAUUCGUUCAGAUAAUUUUAGUACCACUGCGGCACCCGAAUCAAAUACAUCAAGUUGCUGUGGGCCAAGUUCAGUAGUAGAUCCUUGAUAUAUUAUAAAAUCAUACAAGAUGCCACUGCUGCCACAUAGCGCAAAAAUCUUAAUUCCCCAUGGUUUGGGUUUGUUUUUGACGUAUUGCUUGAUGUUCAAACUGCCUUUGAACGGCACCAUUUGCUCGUCCACACACAAUUUUGAUUCCAAUGGAAGGGAAAGGCAUCCUCUCCUAAUUGCAUCAUAUAAUGGACGCACCUUCCAAAAUCUGUCACUGUUGUCCGGUUUUUCGUAAAUAUUCACGAAGUGAAUAUGUUGUCGCAAUUUAUAAAAGACAGUAAUUAAGUAAGUUUAGUAAUUAGUAAUAUAAUUAACAGCCAUAUUAUUGGAAAUCAGUGGAAUUUGUAAUUUAUGGUCCCAGUAUAACUUAAUUCUUGGGUAAUGUAAAUUACCCAUGAUGAUAUGUAUUCCUACAAACGUUUUUAGUUCUUCAACCGUCGUAGGAACAAAGCGGGUUUGUUGCUGAACAGCGUAAAGAUUUGUAUAUUCCAUCAUGGGUUGGAAAAUAUCUGCAAAAUAAUUACAGAAAAAAAAAGCUGGGCUUUCUAGCUGAACUACUGGUUCUUCUUCUCUAACGUGCCACUCUAUUGGUGAAGUGAUAUACUGCACAUUUUUUCGCCAGAAUAUAUCCUUUUUCUUUGAAAGACCAUUGUUUUCCAAAUAGUCUUCUAUAUUGGAUUUCUUUGACUUUUGUGGAGUUUUUGCCAUUAUGUUGGGAACUGGUUUAGGUUCUGCUUGUUCUAGCUGCUCAGUCUCUUCACAUUGUUGAGUUACAGGUGUGCUGAGAACAGGUUCAGCCUCUUCCUCCUCAUCACUCAUUCCUUGUAAUUCUACAAGAUAAAAAGUAUAUAUGCUACGCACAUUAUAUAAUAUACUAGUUCCAAGUAAUAUACCUUCAGGAUCAAAAUCAAAGCCAUCAUCUUCAUUGAAUUCGCCGUCACUGAGUCCUUCAAUGUCUGAUAAUCCGGCUUCUAUUAAAUCUAAUAGUUCUUUAUCUGUUAGCGGGCGAUUUCGGCUCAUUAUAAACGAGGAUUCUAUAAUAUUUAACUAUUUACUAAUAUAAAAAAGAAAAAAGUACGAUUAUAUUUACCUUAUAAUUUUACUUCUCUGAUUCACAGUGUACACAAAUAUGUACGUGCCUUCAAAGACAAAAUACAUGUACUUCCGCGAAAAAAACUGAAUGGAUCACUGUUAGCACUCACAAUACCACCUUUUAUUAAUUUGUUUUUAUUUAUUUUUACUAUUUUCACCACAAACAAAACACCACAAUAAUCUACUAGAUAACCUUGCACGCGUUACUCAAAUAUUGCUCGCCAGCUGUUAAAAUUACAGUAACAAACAUUUAUUGAAAGCCCCUAGAGGGCGGUAUCUAUACUACAUGUAAGAUCCUAAUGUACACAAAUGUUGACACUAUGAGCAAACCAAUAAAUUCCUUUCUGAAUUUAUAUAAGGAUGAUGAUAAAUUCAUGUACACAAAUGUGUACACAGUGAGCGAAAGGGUUAAAGAGAUUUGUUUUUCAAAUAAAAUUAAAUAUAGAACUAUUAAUAUUGCACAAACUAUAACUUCUCAACAAAAUAUUGGUUUUGCAGAUUUGUCCGCCUUACCUAACAAGUAACCUAGACAAAAUAGCGCCCAAAAGGGUACACGGCUCGCAGUCUGACGCGGCAAUCUGGCUAAAAAUCGAUGCUAAAAUUGUGGAAUAGUACGAGCGUCGGAAGUCUACAGCUUGUUCUUUCUUCGGGUCAUAAAAUAAUUGAUAAUUGUGCGCCAAUAUAGGGCCAAAUUUUAUCAAAUCCCACUUCCAUUUCUUUGUAAUUGUUUUAUUCAACAAUAUUCUUAUUCUUAUAAUUAAAUUCAGAUGCAAAUUUGAUAGCAAAAGCCCAAAAACACAUUUUUGAGGAAAUUGAGUUGUCUUUCAUUUCUGGUCUUGAGGACCAAAAAUCUCUGUAAGAAGCGGACUUCAUUAGUACUUUAAUGGGUAGGAAAUUUUCAUUUCAGUUAUAGUAGUGGUGAAAAAAAGUUUUGCCGCUCUGGAGAGCAGACAAAUUAGUCUGCUAAAUAUAUGCUGCAGCAAUUCAUUAUCAGAUAAAAGAUUGAAGAAUUUAAAAGGCGCAUGUGACGGGUAAUUCUUUGCUAGGCCCACUGUCUUCUUCAGAAGACCUCACAAUAUUGGCAAGCAAUCUUGCUCUUUCCAUAUAAAAUGACUCAGGGGUAAAUUAUAUUCUGAAUCACUCCAGACUGCAUACUCCGCGAGACAUAAGGCGAUUCUGUAAUGUUAGCUUCUUCAUCAUCAUCAGAGAGGAUGGGCUGAUCUGGAAAAUGAGUCUUUCCAAAUUCUUGAUCUUUCUUCAUUUUCCAAAUUGCAGUGGUAAAAGACAUAUUUCUCAACUUGAAGUGGGUGGAUAUUCUGAAAAUAACAAAAAUAGAGGUAAAACAAAAAAAAAUAUCUUAGUCAGCUUUUGAGAAAAAAAUUGAAGUAGUAACAAUAGUUGGUACCACAGUGGUUUCAUGAUAAAACCUUAGAAAAAACACCUGGAAAUGUGUUAGUAACUACCAAAUUUAAGCACCUAAAGUAUCAAUUAAUGCAAAAAAACUUACUUGAAACGGCCUUUUGAACUGUUUACACACAAAUUUUUUGUUUUUGUUCCUCUGGUUUUCCUAUGGUUUAGGUUAAUUUGUAAACUGAAGGAUUUGGCGCGAAGGGAUCCUCUAUCCUAUUUAUGACCUUAUGGGAUAAUCAUUUUCAUGGCUACAAAGAAAUACCACUGGACGAUAAAGUUAGAUUAUUUUAUUAAUAUGGUUUCAAGAUGGAACCACUUCACUUCAAAGGGUUAAAAAUAGGUUUAAAAAAAAAUCUCCUGAGGGGCAAAGUAACAAACAACAUAUUCAUGACUUUUGGCCGAAAUUGACAUUAUUUUUAGAUUUUACAAACUGUCACAAAAAUUUACGAUUACAAUAAGAAAAUUCUCUGCACUACUGAUAUAAUAAUAAUUGUUGUGGUUUUUCUUUAGCGCUAAAAGUUAAGGCCUUGAUUUCAAUUGAAGAGUGGAAAUUCAAAAGGGUCUAAGUGCCAAAAAAAUGAAACUGAGAUAUUGAUAAAAAAAUAUAUAUAACAUUAAAAAAACCUAAAUUUGUAUUGAAAUAGUUUUAUUAGGCAAAUUAAACAAGAAUCAAUAAACGUGUUAUAUUGUUAUACACAAAACAAAAAUUGAGAAAAACUAAUCAUAACACAAAAUCCACUAGAAGGUCCUAAGUGCCAACUAUAAUACACUGUCAAAAGGGUCUAUGUCCAAAGGAGCCUUUUAAUUCGAUUGUGUUUUUUCUAUGAUAUUAUAAUAAAACUGAACAUAUUUAACAGGAAUAUAGUCCAUCAUAUCUUUUAAGUUUUUCAGCUUCUCUGCUGAAAUACGGUUUCUGCAGUCGAGGUCUGGAACCAAUGCUACCGGAAUUUCAGUCGACCUUUUUCCCUUCUUUAGAACAUUACAAGUGGUCCAUUCCUCGAGCUGAGAGAAGGUCUUUUUGGUUUUAACCAACGUUUUUUGCCCCUGUUCAAUUUUAAUCCAGGCUAUUUGUGAAAUUUGUAGUUUAGUCGUAUUUAGAUGUUCGCCUGCCAUGCUCUGAAAAUCUUUAAAAUCGUUUUUUUCCAUACGUAGUACAUUAAAAGGUCUUUGGUGGCGUGCCUCUUAUCAUCUUUUCUAUAUUUUCGAGAGUGUAGUUUUUUACAACGCGUUUUCUCUUUUCUAUUUGUGCAAAAUCUCUAUCACAAGUGAGAUAUGAAUGGCCACUUAUCAGAAAUUUUUGCUCAACCUUUUCGUAGAUACCCUUAGAAACUAGGUAAAUCAUCUACAUUAAAAUAAUCUUGUUCUUGUUUUGUCCUAUGCAAUUGUCACUCCACAUAGUAGUUUUAAGGUUAGAAUUGCUUACCUCAAGUUCAGGUGGAUUUUUUGGCGGCACAAUAACACUUUUAUAAUUUGAAUGUUGUAAACCACUAAUUCUGCACCUUUUUCUUUCUUUUCUAAUACUUUCAGUACCUUUUUGGCGUCUUUUUACAUUAUCGCUCUGUUGUACAUUGCCACGUGCGUCCAUUUUAUAUACUAAUGAAGUUAAGUGCUUGGCACUUUGACCCGUUUCCGUUUAACCUAAAAAAGAUACCUGCGCUUAUACCGGCUGCAGGUUUUGACGUCAGAAAAUAAUACAAAGGUAAUACGAAAGGCGCAUAGACCCGUUUGUAUGCUAUUGGCGUUGGGACGUAGACUACUACACAAGUGUUACCUGAAAUUUGCCGGCAGUGGCACUUAGACUCCUUUGAAUUUCCACUCUUCAAUUAACUUUUACAGAUUAUUUGCUUGAGACCUCUUUUUCGACCGUUUUCCACUUCGCAUUUCUCAACAUUACCAGCCUGUUGUAGAUUUGUGCAGAGGAGAUGAGAAAGGAAAAACCAAUGAUGUUAGACUUAUAAAAUUUUACUUUAAAUUGUGAAUUUUAGUCAAAUACAUAAAAUAAUAAUUAAUAGUAAAAUACAUUACAAUAAUAAUUAAGCUCGAACAAGGGUAAGGGGGAAAAUAUAUUUUUAAGCGUUCCUUAGACCACUUACACCACACCAAAGAAUUAAUAAAUAGCAAAAAUAAAGUCAGCAUGGUUUUUAGAAUUUCAAUUGCCUGUACUUGUAAACUAAGUGCAAAUAACCUGCUAUUUGAUGUAAAAUAUGAUUAUUGUUGAUUAAAGAACGGUUUUUUUUAUGAUUAUUGUUGUAACAUUUAUGUUUUAGGGUGAGGCAGGAUGGUAUACAACUCAAGAGAUAUGGAUAUACAUCCAAGAAAAAAUCGCUUUUAACCUCUAAAUCGGCAAUUAAGACGUUUUUAUGAGCAUAUUUGGUCCUAAUUUAUGUAAAUAAUACUAAUUUUAUAUGUAAACUUCCUAUCCCUGGAAUUGAAUCCGUCCUUCCUGACUGUAUUUUUCACCAGAACUGUCAUUAAAAAGAGAUCAGAUCUUUCUUAAAAUGACAGCUCUAAUUCUCAUGGCAUUUGUUUAAAAAUUAAUGGUUCUCUUGCAGGUUCCUUUCUUAAUUAAAUAUAGUAAAUUUUAUAGCUUUAAUACUUGCUUAUAGUUUAAAUUAUAUAAUGAUUUUUUUGUGACGGAAGUAGUGCCAAAAACCGAUUUCGGUUUUACAUUAUUGUUAUCUGAACUUUGUAAUACUCCUUUUUUUAUAAUUUAGUAGCAUAAGUAUUAUCAGAUUUGAAAAAAGUGGCAUCCUAUUUUAAGCUUAUAUGGUGACCAUAUUUGCAGUCAGCUUUUGAUUCUCUACUACCAUUAAAAAAAGUCUACUUAUUAAUUUUCCAAUUUCAAUAGAAAUUAAGGUUUAAAUGUUUAAAUAAAAUAAAGGUUUAAAUGUUCACUAUUCCUGAAUAUCUAGGUAGUAUUGGCCAAAGUAAAGCUAAAAAAAACUCAAGUUUAAAAUUAGAAAAAUAUUUUUAAGAUUUUGCAAAAAUAAAUAUUUACUUGGUGAAUUUUGAACUAAGUGAAGUGAAGGGGUAUAUGGUAAAAUACUCGGUUAAUAUACCAAAGUUUCUCGGGAUAUACCUGAGAUGCUCACAAUAUUCCUGGAAUGUCAUUGCGAAACUGGUUUAUAUAUUAUGCUCGAAAGAAAUAUGGUCAUCCUAAUAUAAGCUGAAAAUGGUUUUUCUUGUUAUAUUUUUUAGGUAAUAUUAGCAAAAGUUAACAAAUUUCGUCGGUUUGUGUACAGGGUGUCCCAUGUGAUUGUUAAAGUGUUUUAUAUCUAAUAAACUGCCCAAAGCAAUAGUUAAAUAAAAAAAGGCCUUUUAGAAGUAAUUACUAUAAGUAUUUGCAGCAAAUUAAUUUAUCACAAUUUUUCUAGGAUAAAUUGGUCACGUUUAUGUUUACAUGGGACUGUUUCUUUAAACUUUCUGUUGAGCUACAUAGAUAAUUUAAUAAUGUUUAAUUACGUAUUUCGUAUUUAAUUAUUAAAAGAUCACACUGGGAUACAUUGAUUUUCUUUAACAUUUAUUAGGGUUUAUGAUUUAUCCGGGUGUCUUUAAGUACUAACAAUAUACUUAUGGGAAUUUGUAAAUCUUUUGUGUCCAGUGCUUCAGAUCUGUUAUCCAUUUUUGUAAAUAUAUAUUAUAUGACAUUUAA